AUGGCAAAACCACUGCAAAAAGAGAGAGAGAACCGGUCAGCCGAGAAGAAAGACUUCACUUUCCAUCCUUACACCAUCACUCCGGAGAGUGCUCACACUUCAGUACUUCUUUUAGAGUCAACAGAACCUGAAAUACUAUGUCAGACACUUCGGGCAAUAACGAAAUUCUCUGCGCAAGAUACGCAAAACCGCUUCGUAUUAUUCAACUUGAAUGCAAUCGGGUUCAUCCUUCCCCAUGUGGAGCAUAACGAGUUGAAUAUAAAGAGGUUUGCUCUGAAGGCCUUAGCUCAGCUGUGCCAGUUGCCGAGAGGGCCAGAACAGGUCUUGAAGAACCCUCAGAAUUUGAGGAAGAUUGCUUUUAUGAUGGCCAAGAUGGAAGAUGUGUUCGUUUUGGAAUUCUCAUCCCUGGUCUUAGCAGAGCUGACGAGAGAACCACUGGGAUGUGAGCAGUUGGUCUCUGCUAAUGUCCUGGCUGCUCUGUUCGGCAGAAUGAAGAACCACGAUCCGGACGUCCAAAGGAAUUGCUUACAAAUACUUAGCAAUCUGUUGAACGACCCAGUCUGCGCCGCUGAAGUGACUAAAAACCAGCAGUUCACCUGGCCGCCACUGCUUAAGUUGAUGCGAAGUAAAUACUUGGCUAUUCAGCAGUCGGCCCUCAGAACGGUGGACCAGCUGAUCUGCCGCUAUAAAGACAAUGCAGUGCAACAAACCUUUAGAUUGUCUACGGGGGUGCUGGAUCUUUGUGAUGUGUUGGAGACAUAUGACUUCCGCGACGUUCACGCCCAAGUUCUCAGCGUUCUAAGGAAUUACGCUGAAACAGAAGAGAAUUCGGCACAUCUGUACCAGUCUGGGUGUAUUCUCAGAUUGUUGGCUUAUCUGGAUUCUGCUGUGCCUACCAUGAAGCCUAACUGUUUUGCUGUCCUUACGAAAAUGUCUUUUACAUCUAACGGGAGAGACGCCUUGCAUCAAACGAACACAGACUUGGUCUUCUGCAAUCAACUGAUGGGCAACAACUUGGAUCUGAUAGCCGAUGCUGCUCUGGGUGUCGCCAAUAUGACCAAGUUGUUUACAUCUGCCAAUAGAAUAGCUGAAACCAAUGUGAUCGACUCUCUUUCAGCUAUCCUAAGCGACGAAAACAUGCCUUGGUUCUACGUCCGCCUGAACGCUUUGAAAGCGCUGUGUGCACUAUGCAGUCCUACAAACGGUAGCGUUCCGAAGGCCGCAUUCGCGUUGGUAGAGCCCAAGACGUUCGCAACUUUGAGGAACAUCAACAAGAAAGCUAAAGAUGUGCCCGUGGAGGCCCAGCGCAUGGCGGUACAAUGUUACAUCAACCUUCAGAGCUAUGAACAUACAAUCAGUGCGAUGCUCACCAUGGAUUUUAUUCAGGAGUUGAUCAAUAUACUUUUGCGCACUGACGUGUUUCUAAAGAUGAUGACGUGUACAGUUCUUUGUGGUCUUAUGCGUGAGGAUGUGGCCCGGGAACUCUUCACUUUGAAGAACGGGGAACAGGUCGUGUCAAAUAAUCUUAGAACAGAACACAUAGGCUUUCGGACGGCUCUCUGCACUUUGAUAAUUUGCAGCGUGAACGAUGAAGGAGCCGAGGUCUAUUUGGAGUUAGGCACCGUCCAAUAUAUGGUGGAGAAUAAACAAGCGCGAUACUGCGUAAGCGCAUGGGAGCCGGCACUAGAGGCUAUCUUUCGUCACCACGCCUCAGCGAAAUUCGCUUUUUGUGGAAAACUCGACAUCAAUGAUUUCACACAGGAUGGGUUCUACGUGCCGAAACGUCUGAGUGGUACGUUCCCGACCCUUCAAAAUCUGAUGAGCCAUAUAGUUCAUCCCCAUGAUCCCGUCUUCAUCUGCGUUUUUCAAAAACCUGAGGAAAUUGCGUCCAGUACAGAAGUUACCUCCGCUUAUCCCCAAUCAGAAUCAAAGAUGGUUGGGUCCAGUGAGAAUCUGCGGCCAGCGGUAUUACCUGAUGAUUACAACCUACGUUCUUACGUAGAUAAAGUGCGCAGUUGGUUCCCGGAUCUACGUCGAGAGAGAAUUAAGCAAGUCUCGUCAUUGCUCAAGAAGAAAGCCCAGUUGUUAGCGGCGUUUGUGGCGGAACAGAUGUCUGGCCUGACCGUAGAGAGGGACUGCAGCAAGCCUACAGUCACUAUGCAUCUGACGGAGCUGAUGACAGAAUUGGAGUCUUCAGUGAUAGGCUUGGGCUGGGUGCGCUGUGGAGGCGCCUUGGAGCGCGCCCUGCUAUACAAGGUGCUAGCAGACAGGGUGGGCAUACCAUGCGCCUUGAUUCGCCGCAGCAGUGCCAAAGCUUGGUGCGAAGUUGCUGUGCCUGAGUUGGAAUCCGACGGACAUGAACCCGACAAAGAGGAGACCUUUCCGGCUGGUCUGAUUCGAGUUAACUAUGUGGUGGAUCUCAUGGAGCGACCAGGUCGGCUGAUAAAACGCGGCAGUGUGGAAACGAGGCUGGUUUGCGGGCCUACGUGUAGCCCUCCGUAUUGUGUCGGCAAGCUACCUGAAAUCUGCAAAUGUGAUAAUUAAAAAGCAAUCACUUUUUUGACUCGCAAUAAAUUUAGU